GAACGCAAGAUAAUGAAAUAUGGAUCUUGGCCCACUAGAGGUUUCGCCGGAAAUCUCCGAAUCAAUAUCGAGGGUUAUUGAUUUGUUAAAAAUAGUGGGAGAUAAUUAAUUAAAGGCCUAAUUAAUUAUUAAACAUGAUAGAUAACCUAGUUUGCAAAAUUUUCUGUAGAUGGCAAACAACAACAACCCUUUCAACCUGCGAUAUGUUCUAGAAAAGGAAAAAUUAUCUGGAACCAACUUUCUUGAUUGGGAGAUGAAUCUUAAGAUUGUUCUCGAAUGCGAGAAAAAGCUCUACGUCCUUACCUCUCAGCCUCCCAAAGCACCUGAAGCGAACGCCCGUGCUGCAGAAAUUACUUCGUACAAGAAGUAUGAAGACGAUGCACGUGAUGUGAGAUGUCUCAUGCUAGCCACCAUGACCCCGGAGCUCCAAAGGCUCCAUAAGGACAUGGAAGCUAAUCCUAUGAUGACUCGCUUGAAAGGUCUAUACCAAGGCCAGGCUAGACAUGAGCGUUUCAAAAUCUCUGCGACUCUGUUUUCCAGUAAGCUGGCAACGGGUAACCCAGUUGGUCCCCAUGUUUUCAAGAUGAUCGGUCAGAUCGAAACUCUUAAAAAACUGGAGGCCCCGUUGCACCCUAUGCUGGCAACUGAUCUCAUCUUGGGAUCAUUACCAGCUGAGUAUAGUCAAACUGUAGUGAACUUCUACAUGAACAAACUAGAGAUGACUAUGCCUGAGCUAUUGAAAUUCCUCACAACUGCUGAGGAGAGUCUAGGGAAGGGCAAGGGUAAGUCUGUCCUGAUGGUAGAGGGCAGUACUAUUGCGAAGAAGAGUGGGCCACGUUCGCCGGCCGGGACCAAGCGCAAGGGUUCUAAGAAACCCAAGCCAGCAUCCAAAUCCUCUUCGUUGAAACCCAAAGAAGGAGCUAAGAAGAAGUCUGAUGUAUGCUAUUAUUGUGGCAAAAAGGGCCACUGCAGGCGCAAUUGCGCAAAAUUACUGGUAGAGAGGAAAGAGGGAAAGAAACCUCAAACCUCAGGAUCUGCAUGAACGUAGACAAUUGACAGAGGGAGAGAUACAACUAAAAGUGGGCAAUGGCGCACUCUGGGAGAAAGGUAGACCUCGAAGAUAUUCGAGAACCACAAGAAGAAGUCCCGAUAGUGUUGGAACCUGAGCAAAGAGAUCAAGCAAUUGAACCUCAAAUUGCUCAAGAUAUACCACGUAGGUCAGACCGGAUACGUAAUCCUCCGGUCAGAUAUGGAUUUCUCAUGUCUGAUGAAGGUGACGUCUUGUUGGUAGAUCAAGGCGAACCAGAGACCUACCUCGAGGCAAUUACAUGCC